AUGGCAUAUGCUGCCGUAGCACGUCUGCAACACGAGGUUUUCGUCCUCAACCAAAGCAAACAGCAGCAACUCCAAACCAUCCAAUCGUUGGAGAGGAAGAACGAAACACAGAAAGCCACUAUUGAGCAAAACGUCAAGACGAUCAACGAACAACACACACAGAUCAAGGAACAACACACACAGAUCAAGAAGCUGGAGAAGAGAAUUGCACAGAUGAAGGGCUCUGAGAAGAUCCAGGAAGAGAUCCUUGCUCUCAAGGCUAAGCGUGCCGAUGCCGAGAAGAAGAUCGAAAGAGAAAUCGCUACACUCAAAGCCAAACACACAGAGGUUGGUGUAGAGACCGACAAGGAACUUCAGGAGCGUGAGAGAGAGCUUGAGAUGGUCGAAGACAUCAAAGAGCAAGGCCGUUGA